AUGAUUAGUCAAAGCAUAACACAAACUAAGUUAAUACUUAUAGGAAAGACAGGUGAUGGUAAAAGUUCGCUUGGUAAUUAUAUUUUGAAUAAGAAAGUGUUUAGUGAAAAUGAUGGGGCUAAAUCAGUAACACAAAAGACAAUGGGAGACAGUGGAGAAGGUGAUAGAAAAAAUGUAUUUGUUAUUGAUACACCAGGAUUUCAAGACUGUGAUGGUGUAAAAAAACAGGAAGAACAUACUAAACAGAUGGUAAACUAUAUCAAAAAACAAAAAGGAUUACAAGCCAUUGUUAUUUGUUUGGAUAUUAAUCAAGAUAGGUUAUCAAAUGAAGUCAAAACAAUGAUUCAAAUAAUAAGCAAUGUUUUUCCAAUUUAUGACUUUUGGGAACAUGUGUGUAUUGUUUGGACUAAAUGUUAUAAUUACACACCAAAAAAGAUAAUAGACAAAAAAAUUGAAAAUAAAAAGAAUAGUUAUCUUAAUGAAUUAUCAAUAUUAGCUAAAGAAACAACCGGAGAUGAAAGAGUUAUUUUACCAAUGUAUUUUGUAGACUCACAACCAGAUGAAGAAAGUGAUAACAUUAGAUCAGAUAACGAAAUAAAGUCAAUGUUAACAUGGAUUCGCUUUUUACCACAUAUUAAUGUUGAAGAAAUACAAGAGCCAGAUUCUAAAUACCGGAAAAUAAUUAUGGAAUAUAAACAAGAAACAGAAAUUAUAGAAGUACAACAUGGUUAUAUAAAGUUAAAAAUCAAACACCUGAAGAGAGAAAACAGAAUUGGAUAUGAUGGGAUUGCUAGUUUUGGUGCAUGGAAGGAGGAGAAGAGCAAAAUCAAAAUGCAAGAAGUUCCAGAACAACUUGCUGAUACUUCAAAAGAAAAACUUCAAGAAUUAAAAUAUAUGGUUGGAGAUCGAAAGUUUGAAAAUAUUGUUGAUGGUGUUCUUAAUCGUAAUAUACUGUUAGGGCUUUAA